CGCGCGCCCCGCGCCCGGGACUGGGCUGGAGUCGCGCGUGCAGCUCUCAGGGAGGCAGCUGGGCUCCAGAGCUGUGGCUGCAACGCGCAGCUGGCAGGGGCUCUCGCCGGGCCACGCACUUGCCUCCUCUGGGGCCUCCAGGAACCUCUCGGCGCUCUCCUUACCAGUCAGGUCCCAGCAGGCACUACCGACCGUGGCCUGGGCUGCAUUUGCGGCUACUCUGUGCCCGGGACAGAGGGACGCCCGCCCUGUCACGUGUGUCCAAGUCCUCCGCCAGCCGGGGCAGCGUGGUUCCCAUGGUUCAAGGCUGUUGAUGGAGAAGUGGGCGGAUGACAGCCGGGACUGUGGUCAUCACUGGGGGCAUCUUGGCAACUGUGAUUCUGCUCUGUAUCAUCGCUGUUCUGUGCUACUGUCGGCUUCAGUACUACUGCUGCAAGAAGGACGAAUCCGAGGAGGACGAGGAGGAGCCCGAUUUCGCCGUGCACUCACACCUGCCGCCCCUGCAUUCCAACCGCAACCUUGUGUUGACCAACGGGCCCGCUCUCUACCCAGCUGCCGCCACCUCCUUCAGCCAGAAGUCCCCACAGGCCCGCGCCCUCUGCCGCAGCUGUUCCUACUACGAGCCACCCACCUUCUUCCUGCAGGAGCCAGAGGAGGACGACUUUGAGGGUGUGCGCAACGGUGGGGGCCGUGUGGCCUACAAAAGCAUCAGCCAGGAGGACGUGGAGCUGCCCCCAGCGACCUUUGAGGGCCUUCAGGCGCUCAACCCCAACCGCCUCUCAGCCAUGCGUGAGGCCUUUUCCCGAAGCCGCAGCGUUAGCACCGACGUGUGACAGGCCUCCAUACUGCCGAGGCAUCCAGCCUUGGAAGGUCUUGAGAUCAUGGCAGGAUCCCCAUGGCAUGCCCUGGCCCCAUGCCCAGACCUCUGCUCAGCCAUGUCUUCCCUCUAUCCCUGUACUAGGGGCUCUAGGCAUGGGGAAUCCCCGGGCCCUUUACAGGGAUAAAGUCCAAUGAAUCAGGUGUGGCAGCUCCUAGGCACAGCUGACCUCAGAAGGGAGGCGGGGGUCAGGAGGAUAAGGUAAGGCAGUGUUGGGGUACAGGUACUAGGUCCUGUUCCCAGGAAGUAAGAAGAUGGCUAGUGUCAACCCCAACAACUUGUCUGUCUCUGGCUUCAUGGCCUUAACUUGUCCCUCCCUCCAGGCUUUGGGCUUUUUACCUGCUCAAGGGAGCAGGGGCCUCACUGGCUGCCAGUGGCCCUCAAGCAUGAACCUUCCUUAGAGACGGUGGACCAAAUAAACAUUCUGUCCCCUCGCCCUGUGUCCCCCUUCCCAUCCUUCUCCUCACCCUCUCUCCAUUCCUUCUCCCAGCCUCUUUGACUCACGCUCCUGAACCUAGGUGCCAAGCAUCUGCCCCAAGCUUGAAAUACCCAUUGUGCUGGCCCCCCCGAGAAUGGACAAGUCUCCCUGUAGAAGGCAGAGUUUUAGGAGACAGCAGUGUUCUUGGGACGCUUUCUCUACACAAUCUGCUUUUCCAUAAGAGAAGAGGCAUGGGGACAGGGGACGCUACUCUGGGAGGGUUGACACUCAAAUUUACACAUCCAGUAUUCAUCCCUAAACCCAGUCAACCACAGACACAUCUAGCAAGAUUGCUGCUGCACUGGAGGUGGCCCAGCUAUGCAAUAGGGGUCUCAGGUGUGACUCUAGGGCAGGCCACCCCAUCCAUGAGCUUGCAUCCCCAUCUAGGUAGUGGGGGGUAGGAGGGGGAAAGCUGACUGCAGAAAGCCCUUGAAACUUUGGUCCUCGGUGGGAACUGAGGUCCCUGAGAGAGCUGAGCUAUAGAUCAUCCACUUCCUGUUUCCUGCUUGGAAAGAGGCCCCAGACCUAGACAGCCAGAGCCAGCUGCCCCUGUAUGGAAGCCCCGUCUCUACCCACACAGCUCCAAGCCCUCCUCCUCUGAAUGAGGAAUUGGUGUCAGGUAACCACCCCUUGAGGGUGCCCCAAGCCCAGGACCUCGGCCCUCAGUAGUGCAGUUCUCUGCUCUGAAAGAGACACCAUUCUUGGUGGCACAGCCUCAAGAGGCCCUUCCCUUCUAUUUGGGACCCUAGUUCAUCUCCAUGCAAUGUAGCCAGAGACGUGCAGGUGCCCCGUGAAGGUGCCUUCCUAUAGUACAGCGGCCACUCCUGAGCCAGAUACCACAGCAGGACCCUCCACCCUUGCUAGUGAGGAUCUGCUGUCUUUGGCAUUCUGAAUUUUUUUUCUCCUUUUCUUUUUCUUGCCUUAGUUUGGUCUUGCUAACAGAAUCUACCCUUAGAAUCAUAGAAGUCCCCAACUUUUCCCCUCUACUUCCUUUGUCCCAUUCUACCCCCUUGGUAUCAGUCCUUUGCAUUACUUGGGGGUAUGGGUGAUGCAGGGAGGGGGGGCUCUGGGCUGUUCUGUCUUUGUCUCCUAGUCCCUCUCCUUUUUUAACCUCCAGCGUCUCUGAAUAGCUCCAUAGACAUCCUCGAAGUGAAUUAAGCAUUCAUCCCUACCAGCUCACUCAACACCACCAUGGGACCUGCCGGGGACCAACCAAGCACCCUGAAAAAAGCAAAAGCCAAUAAAUUUGU